GUGUUGGCGUGGAUUGCGUCAAUUUCCCGGAUUGAGUUCGGACGCCAUCUUUAAACCAGUGCUACCGGUAGUUAGAUAGUGGGGACGCUGAGCUGCUGCUCCACCAGGAACCGCAGUCUGAGACAGACCCACGGUCGAGCCUCUCCUUCAGGCCGCACAUCAUCGACAGCCCGACCUCGAACACCAUGGCAGAUCGAGAACACUUAGUAUACCAGGCCAAACUCGCCGAACAGGCCGAGCGAUACGAUGGACAUCGAUGGCCCAAUGGGUUUCUGGGUGCAUUCAACAUCGAGGAGGAGAGGGAGAAGCCAGGUGGACAAGACCAGGGUGCAGUUCUGGGUUCGGGUUCAGAAAGCAGGGAAUGGAUCCAUAUCUUGUUGGCCUUCAGGAUAGCCUAGACCGGAGGUUCCAACACCGGUAGAUUUUGGGGGCCUUCGGUCUGUUGGGACCUCAGCCUGCUUUCUCUAGUGAGAGGAUAAACACCUUUAACCUGAACCUCUUCCCCAAGCAGUUCUUGCAACCGCCAGAGGCUGCUGUGCUGCAAGAGUGGUUGUCUUACAAGCAACAUGUGUUUGUUGGAGCAUUCAAGGGGUUGGACCAGAUGAUGGCAAUGACAACGCUGGCCUUUCAGUUUGAUGAGUGGAGGCUAUCUACACUUGCCUUAUCCAGCUUGCAGCAAUCGCACUGACUAUACCAGUGUCUUCCGUUAAUUGUGAGAGGGACUUCUCUGCAAUGAAACGAGUCAAAACAGACUUGAGGAACAGACUGCAGAGAGAGCAUCUAGCCGCCUGCAUGCGGCUCUGCAUCAACAACCCCCCCCCCCCAAUCAAGCAGCUCAAUUACAGGAGGGCGUUGGAAAUCUUUUUCCAAAAGCCCAGAAGAAUAAAGUGCUCUGACAAAGGCUGUUACCUAAGUCAGAACUAGGUUUUUGUCAGAACCUAGAAAGAGAUUUCCUACGCCCUCCUUUUGUGAUGAACAUGAAUCAGGGGACUCUAAUUCAUGUUCCUCUGUUAAUUUUGUCAAUAUAAACGUUUUUAAUUCAGAAAGGUCUCUGUGUUUCUUUAGAUAGCUGCAGCACUCAACCUUAAGUUGCAUCCUGUAUACUAUAAUCAUUUUACCAAUACGUUAUUGAGAUACUUUCUAGAGGUAGAAAUAUAUUUAAGAUGGUUUGAGUGUUUUUCCUUUUUAAAUGCCACCAGAAUCAAGCUUUUCAGUACUUGUUUUGGGAGAGAGGACCCCUGAACACAUGAGAAUGAGCAAUGUGAAGAAAAUGGUGGAGUCCAUGAAGAAUGUGGCCGGCAUGGACGUGGAGCUGACGGUGGAAGAGCGGAACCUGCUGUCGGUGGCGUACAAAAACGUGAUCGGAGCCAGAAGAGCAUCCUGGAGGAUAAUCAGCAGCCUCGAACAGAAAGAAGAGAACAAAGGAGGCGAAGACAAACUAAAGAUGAUCAGGGAAUACAGGCAAACGGUGGAGACUGAGCUAAAAUCAAUCUGUAAGGACAUUCUGGAUGUACUGGACAAGCACCUCAUUCCAGCUGCAAACACGGGAGAAUCAAAGGUUUUCUACUACAAAAUGAAGGGAGACUACCACAGGUACCUGGCAGAGUUCGCCACGGGUAACGACAGGAAGGAGGCGGCGGAGAACAGUUUGGUAGCCUACAAAGCCGCGAGCGACAUCGCCAUGAUCGAGCUCCCCCCGACUCACCCCAUCCGCCUGGGACUGGCACUCAACUUCUCCGUAUUUUAUUAUGAAAUUCUCAAUUCCCCUGACCGCGCAUGCAGGUUGGCGAAGGCGGCAUUUGACGAUGCCAUUGCAGAACUGGACACGCUGAGCGAGGAGAGCUACAAGGACUCCACGCUCAUCAUGCAGUUGCUACGCGACAACCUUACAUUAUGGACUUCAGACAUGCAGGGAGACGAUUCUUAAGGACAACCCCUCUUCAUUCCCUCUAUAGAACUGUAUUUUGUGAAGAACAGAAUAAAGAAGCACUGCAAGAUGUGGAGGAUGAGACCCAGCAGUGAGACUUUACGGCCAAUUCCCUCUCUCUCUCUCUCCCUCCUAUUACCUCCCCUAUCUGCCCCGCUAGCCCCAGGUCCUACUACGUGUCACAGUGAGAGCUCCCAAACUUGGCUUUUACUCCCGACGUCCACUCGCUCUAUUUCUCCCCACCUCUUCUUUCUUUAAUUCUUUCUUUAUGUUCUAUCACUCUCUGUCAGCUCAUAGCCCCUCUGUGCUUCCUAGGGCUAUCUCUUCUGGUUUUUAUUUUCUUAUAAAAAAUCCUAUUAAAUUCACCUAUUUCAGUGGAAAUAAUAUACUUCCACGUUAAAACACAACAGAAAAUGUAAAAAACUAAAGCUUCGAGCUGUUCCUGGUUGUUACCUUUUAUUGAUUUGUAUAACUCCUGUUGCAAGCCUGUAAGGUUCACAUCGUUCCCUUUACUUCCUUUUUUUGUUAAUUUUUUAGUUUACAUUUUUGCCAUGUCAUCAGUUGCCAAGUGUGUUGCUUGGGGUCGUCAACGUUCACACAAUUAACGAGUUGAUUUUUAAAACACAAACGUUUGCUGUAACUCUUUUUCCAUAACUGUGAUGUCUUUGUGCUACUUUACGCUAAUCGUCUAAGCUUUUGGUCGCAAAUUAGGGAUGGUUGUGAAUUGGCGGUUUUUAAAAGGGACAUUUUAAUGCCCUCUUUAUUUGUGAUUCUUUCUCUCGCGCUAUCUCUCGUUGCAAGACUCUGUUUUAUCAAUGUUGAUAGCUGAACUUCCCAUGACUUUCUCUUUGCGAUCACCCCUCAAGUCCAGGGCAUGGACCACGCAUUUUUGUGCUCAAGAGGCUGUAGCGCUGCUUUUUUACUCAUUGCUGACGUAAGGACACGAUGGCUUGUAGCAGUUGGAGGGGGAAAAAAACUAUCUCCCUCCCUCUGAUGUUAGGUAAAGCAGGUUUGCAUUGGCACUGUCAAAAUAAAAACCUGCUUAUGUCAUCUUGUAUCCCCAUUCUGUUCCAGAAUGUUCCCUUUCUCUCUCUCUCUUUCUUUCUUUCUUUCUUUCUUUUUUUCUCUCUUUCUCUCUGUCCUGCCCCCAUAUUUUCUCUCUUGUUCAGUAUGUGUAACUUGAAUCUGAUUUGUACUACUGGAUAUUCUGACUGGAGCCACACGCACUGUCUGUAUUCUUACAGAAACACAGCAUGGAAAUUAACAUUAAACUUCAAAUUAAAAAAAGGAACUUAAAUUAAAAA